AUCAUAGUAUAAUUAAAAAAUUAAGACUUUUUGCAUACCAAUCCAUGUGAAAUAUAGAGAAAAUUAAGUUGGUAACAGUUGAAUAUAAAAGUUGCUAACCGAUUUACAAUUGAGCAAGUAUCGCUGUUUUACUGCUGAUAAAUAAGAAGCAAAUGAAAAAAUGACAGCAUGAGCUCUCUCUAACCAGUUGCACACAAUAAUAAUAUGUAUGAGAUGUUUGUAUAUACAAAUGUUUGAUUAAGUGUCAUGUAAACGAAAAUAGUUUAAUGAAUCGCUAAGAAAUGUGUACAUGUUAAUAAUAUAGAAAUGCGCCACUUGGGUACUAUUCGCUAAAGAUUCCAAGAAUUUAUAGAUGAUAUCUACCUCACAACAGAGAGAAAAAUGAUCGGUCCCAGUUCACAAAUAAGCAAGAUAUUAUUAACACUAUUGUUUUUGUUAAUAAUAUUCUAUGUUUUUAUGGACAUUGAGCUAUAUCUGCGAAUACAUAACUAUGCAAUCGAUCGGAAUUAUCACGUCAAUGACACAUCGGCGCCAUUAUCGUCUCUAGAACCAUCCAAUUUGGCAUCGGAUUCAAGCAGUGCCCUAAAAAUACCCACCGUUGUUGAGAAGGAACCGUCCUAUGAUCACAAUACCUGGAUAUCAUGCAAUUUAAAUCCACUGUGUCAUGUAACAGUGAAAGCGAUACUGUUAGAUCACACCAAUCAUUAUCUCUUCGCACCGCUGGCGACAAUCUUCGAUAAUGUGGUCGGAAUCUCGCAAUCGACGUUCAUCACACCAAAUAUGAUAUCAUUCUUUCAUGUAAUCGUUGCAUGCGUGUCAGGAAAACUGGUGGCAUCUGAUAGCCUGGGAUAUAGACGGCUAGGUGUACUACUCUUUCAAAUUCGGACGUUUUUGGAUGAUUUGGAUGGCCAUGUGGCGCGUGUUAAGAAACACAUACGCGGUGAACGCUCUGAGAUCGGUACAUCGGGCUAUUAUGUGGACGGACUUUGUGAUGGUCUCGGAUGCAUUGCGCUGCUCUUAGGUAUAUUCUUUUUCCUGAAGAAUAACCCACCUCGGCGAGGCUACUCCAUAAUUCCAAUGAGCGAUUCCAAAAAUCCAGAACCAACGAUUAUUCCUAAGAUGAAGGCAACGACUCGCAAAGUUGCGAAAAAUGUUAUUAGCUUUACGGGUCAACUCUUGUUAAGUUCCACGGCCUGGAAUCGUUAUAUAGCUGUCUAUCAAAAUAUGUUGGAGCGCGAGGAUGUGAACAGCAGUCAGUACCAGUGCCAGAACUAUAUAUUUAAGUCAACAUUAUUCUUUUGCGUUGCUUGGAUGUGGCGCAUCGUCAACGUGCACGCCCUGCUUCACUGUGUUUUGCUUAGUAUAUUUUGUGACAAACUAUGGGAUUUUCUAAGAGCGAUACGUUACAGUGGAUAUAUAAUAUUACUAGUUGCCAUUUGCUUAACUGAAAUGCACAUUUUGGAGGCCCAGAACUAUAUAUUUAAUUCAUCAGCGUGCAGUAACAUCUCACUGUGAUUUUACACCUAUAAUAUAUAUAUACAUAUAUUACUGAAAUACAAUAAUAUUUUUGUAGUGGAGAUCAAAAAUGCCUUUUUAUACCCUGUAACCAUAAUUUUAAAUUUUGUUUGUGUGCGAAAUGCGAAAUACAUUGUGAUUGUGCGACUUAGGGUAAUUACUUUAGUACGUAUCUGUCAAAUAUAUAUAUUAAUAUACAA